CGCCCCGCCCCGCCCGAGCCCCGCGCCCAGCGCCCCUCGCCUUGCCGCGGAGUGCUGCGCCCGGGGCGGGCCGGGCCGGGCGGGCGCGGGCGCGGUAUACUGGGCGGCAGUGGGACUCCUCCGACAGACGGACCUGCACGCGGCGACCAGCCUCGGGCUCCACGGUGGAAGAUGCACAGAGCAGACUCACCAAAACCACCAGUUGCUCCCAAGCCAAAGGUUACCACCAGCCCUUCCUCACCAGCAGCCAAGUUUCCCCCCUCACCCAGGCCCGACAGUUUCCCCAGUCCCAACUCCAUGUCCAGGGGCCCCAAACCCCCCAUCGCUCCCAAGCCCAGGCUGACUGGCUCCAGUGAGUACGGCGCUGGGGUGCACCUGAACAACAGCCUCAGCAAAUGCAGCAAUGGGAGGCUGCUCUGCAAGGACCGGGGCCUAUAUGAUGGGCACCACUCCACCCUGAACUGCUCUGAGCUGGAGACUGAUGAAGAGUACAUCGUGGUCCCCAGGGUCCCGCAGAGAGAAGAUGCUCCCGUAGAUGGGGCUACUGCGGAGCAGGGGUUUGAAGAAGACGUCCAGGAGCAUGGUACAGAGCAGAUGGGAACUGAGGGGAACCUGGCAGCUCCAGAUGAAGAGGCACCCAGCAGAGACAGUGAGGAAGGCAUGGGGCACACUCUGGAAGGCGAAGAAGACUGUGAUCAUGAUCCAGAGACAGAUGGGACCCCAACAGCUCCAGAUCAAGGGGCACCAAACAGAGACAGUGAAAGAGGUGAAGGGGAUUGCAGCCAGGGCCCAGACAUGGAGGAGCAGCCCAUGAGUGAAGAAGAGGAUAAGGAGGAAGAGGAGGAAGAUAAGGAGGUGGAGGAAGAGGAGGAGGAGGACGAAGAGGAGGUGAAAGAGCAGGUGUACAACCUUGAUGACAGGGCAUGCUGGGAUGGAGAGGAUCCCUUCCACAGAGAGAUCGUUCUCACACCUGUGAGCGUUGAGUCCUCUGACAUUCCCUGUUGCGAGACAGGGCCCCCUGAGACUCCUGGGGAAGUAGAAGAGGGUAGUGAAGAUGGCUGCAACAAUACAGAACCUGGGGUGCCCAAUCCGGAUACUGGUCAGAGCACAGAGGAUGCCAGCAUGGGGUUCCCUGAGAAUGAGGAGGUGUCCCUAGAUGUCCAGGAGCAAGAGGCAGCAACUGACAGCCCUGAGGCCUUUGAGGAGGACUGUGAAGAUGCUGCAGAAGGUGGGGACCAGGUAGAGCAGGAGGAGCCACCCAAUUGUGACGAGGAAGCCGAGGAAACCGAGGAAGCGGAGGAAGCCUGUAACAGGGAAACAGCCACCAUGGAGGUGGGAGGGGACCCUGGAGAGGAUGGAGACCCUGUGCAGGAGGACCCUGCCGAGGAGAACUGUCAGAUCAUUCCCUUCGAGAGCGACAGCGUGGAGGAGGAUUUCGCACCCACGCUCACAGAAAGUCCCUAUGAGCUCUUCCCAACCGAGAGCACCUCCUUCUGCAAUAACAGCUAUUCCCUUGACCAGACAGCCAAGGGGCAGGAGCCAGGGUGUGAGAUCUGCCCAGAGCAGGUUCCCAGCACUGGCCCUUCACCUAGCCAGCAUGAUUUCCUGCAGGAUGGAGCCGGAGAGGGGCCCCUUGUUCCUGAUGUGGUAGUCGUGCCAGAGGAUGAGGACGCCACAGAUGAUGCACUCAGCAGCCCCUACGUGAUGGGAGUUGGCUUGCUGAGUCUCGGAGAGGGAGCACAGUCAGAUGCCCAGGCUGCAUCAGGCCCUCUGAGUGGGUACAGUACAUGGGAGGAAGGGGACUCUGAGGGGGGCCUGGUCCCAGUGGACAGGAAGAAUAUGGCCGCAAGGGCCCGCCCCCACUCUGGGAAGGUGGUUGGUCAUGUUCCAGAAACUGUUCUAGAGGAAACAGGACCAGAAGCCUGUUCAUCAGCCAGGGGCAUCAGAGAUGCCAGCGAGGAGGUGAGAAAGAUGGGUAUGUUGCCAGAGGGGAAGCCCCCUGAGUCUGGCCGGGCCUUGCCGGCCAAGCCCAGAGCAUUCACUCUGUACCCGAGGUCCUUCUCUAUAGAAGGCCGGGAGAGUCCGCUGUCCAUGUUCCGGGAGCCAGAGGGAGCCGGGCUGGACAUCCACCGUUUGAGGAGGAAAGAAGACAACCUGUCUCUGCCAGGCGCCAUUGGCUCCUCUGGUAGCUUCUCACAGCGCAGCCACCUACCGUCCAGUGGUACCUCCACGCCAUCCUCCGUGGUUGACAUCCCACCCCCUUUCGACCUGGCCUGCAUCACGAAGAAACCCAUCACCAAGAGCUCGCCCUCACUCCUGAUAGAUGGAGACACCCUGGAAAAGGCCUCCAAGAAGAAGAAAUCCUCCUUCAAGCGCUUCCUGGAGCUGACGUUCAGGAAGAAGACAGAGAGCAAAGCGCACGUGGACAUGAGCCUGUCGUCUUCCAGGUCCUCCUCCGAGUCCAGCUACCAUGGUCCAGCCAGGGUCCUGGAGCUGGACCGCAGGAGCCUCAGCAACUCACCCCAGCUCAAGUGUCGCACUGGAAAGCUCCGGGCCUCCGACUCACCGGCCGCUCUCAUCUUCUACAGGGAUGGCAAGAGGAAAGGUGUCCCCUUCAGCAGGACGGUGUCCAGGGUAGAGUCCUUUGAAGACCGCUCGAGGCCGCCCUUUCUUCCUCUGCCGCUCACCAAGCCAAGGUCCAUUUCAUUCCCCAACGCCGACACUUCGGACUAUGAGAACAUCCCAGCCAUGAACUCGGAUUACGAGAACAUCCAGAUCCCACCCCGCAGGCCGGCGCGGGCCGGCACCUUCACAAAGCUGUUUGAAGAACAGAGUAGAGCCCUGUCCACCGCGAAUGAAAACGAUGGCUAUGUGGACAUGAGCAGCUUCAAUGCCUUUGAGAGCAAGCAGCAGGGUUCAGAGCAGGAAGCUGAGAGCGCCUACACUGAGCCCUACAAGGUCUGUCCCGUCUCAGCGGCCCCCAGAGAAGACCUCACAUCAGACGAAGAACAGGGGAGCUCAGAGGAAGAGGACAGUGCUUCAAGAGACCCCAGCCUUACACACAAGGUUGAGGGACAGUCCAGAGCCCUUGUCAUCGCCCAGGAGCUGCUGUCCUCAGAGAAGGCAUAUGUUCAGAUGCUGCAGCACUUAAGCCUGGAUUUCCAUGGAGCCGUCCUGAGGGCCUUGGAGAACAUAGAGCAAGAGGGCAGAGAGCCACUGGCCCAGGAGGAGCUGCGGCAGGGCCUGCGGGAGCUCCCAGCUAUCUGUGACCUUCACCAGGGCAUCCUGGAGAACCUGGAGCAGAGGCUGGGGGAUUGCAGUGGGGAGGGCCAGCAGCAGGUGGCCGACAUCUUCCUGGCCCGUGAGCAGGAGUUUGAACAUCACGCUGCAUUCAUCCUGCAGUUUGACAGGUGCCUGGGGCUGCUCGCUCAGAGCUGCCUGCUAUCACCCCGGCUGGCCACCACCGUCCGGGAAUUUGAGCAGCAGAGCUCGCAAGGGGGCGGCCAGAGCAUGAAGCAUCGCAUGCUGCGUGUAGUUCAGCGCCUCUUCCAGUACCAAGUGUUGCUCACUGACUAUUUAAACAACCUGUGCCCAGACUCAGCGGAGUAUGACAACACUCAGAGUGCUCUGACUCUCAUCUCCAAAGUGACAGACCGUGCCAAUGAAAGCAUGGAGCAAGGGGAAAACCUGCAGAAGCUGGUCCAUAUUGAGUACAGUGUGCGGGGCCAAGGGGACCUCCUCCAGCCAGGAAGGGAGUUCCUGAAGGAAGGAACACUGAUGAGAGUGAGAGGGAAAAGCCGACACCCUCGGCACCUGUUCCUGAUGAAUGACACGCUCCUAUACACACAUCCUCAGAAGGAUGGGAAGUACCGUCUGAAGAGCUCGUGGCCAGUGGCCAAUAUGAAGGUCAGCCGCCCUGUGAUGGACAAAGUGCCCUAUGCUCUCAAGAUCGAAACUCCUGAGUCCUGCCUGACGUUGUCUGCAAGCUCCUGCGCUGAGAGAGACGAGUGGCAUUACUGUCUGACCAGAGCCCUCCCGGAGGACUACAAGACCCAGGCGCUGGCUGCCUUCCACCACAGCGUGGAGAUCCGGGAGAGGCUGGGGAUCAGCCUCGGGGAGAGGCUCCCCACCCUGGUGCCUGUCACACAUGCUAUGAUGUGCAUGAACUGCGGCUGUGACUUCUCGCUCACCGUGAGGCGCCACCACUGCCAUGCCUGUGGCAAGAUUGUGUGCCGGAACUGCUCUCGAAACAAGUACCCACUGAAGUGCCUCAAGAACCGGAUGGCCAAGGUCUGUGAUGGCUGCUUCCGGGAACUGAAGCUGAGGAACGGGCCUGUCCCAGGCCCCAUGAGAGAGCGCCCGGUCAGCAUGAGCUUCCCACUGUCCUCAUCCCGCUUUUCCACGGGCAGCACCUUCUCCUCCGUCUUCCACAGCAUUAGCCCUUCAACUUUCAAGAAGCAGAAGAAAGUCCCUUCAGCCCUGACUGAGGUGGCGGCGUCGGGAGAGGGCUCUGCCAUCAGCGGCUACUUGAGCCGCUGUAAGAGUGGCAAGCGGCGCUGGAAGAAACUCUGGCUUGUCAUCAAGGGCAAAGUGCUCUACACCUACCUGGCCAGUGAGGACAAAGUGGCCAUGGAGAGCAUACCUCUGCUGGGUUUUACUAUUGCCCCAGAAAAGGAGGAGGGCAGCAGUGAAGCAGGACCUGUUUUUCAUCUUUACCACAAGAAAACCCUGUUUUAUAGCUUCAAAGCAGAGGAUAGCAGUUCUGCUCAGAGGUGGAUGGAGGCCAUGGAAGAUGCCAGUGUGUUAUAGCAGUCACCAGGCACAUGGACUUAGAACAAACUCCUACAUUAAUGUGUGAACCCUUCCAGAAGCUACUCUGGGUCUCUGCUCAUCUGGAUGCACGUGUGGGUUCUGCGUGAGGCUUGACCUUUCCCCUCACAGGUGGAACCCUAAGGGAUAUUUAUGGACCUUUUUUUUUCUGCCUUCAUGUUUCCCAGCCCCAUUAUAAACUGUACCCUUAUCUAAAAGUGAGUUAAAAAUUAGUACCUUGAAGACAUGAAAACCAAGAGAAAAGGACAUUUAGCAACAUGUGCUUUUUUAGUAGAAACUGGCUUUUUCUGGUUUUACUUCUAGUGAAUAGGACCACUUUCCACUUUCUGUGAUGUGCAUAUGGGCCUCAGAUAAUGUGGGAAAGUAACAGCCAGGCAUCCUGCUGAGCUGCCGCCUCCAGCGCUGUCUCCCUAGGGCUGGACCAGGAGUUGCUGCAGACAGGGCCAGGACUCAAUUGCUGUGGAAAGCGGCUCCUGCGGCCUUGCUGUGGCUUGCCAGGCUAAGGAGGAAGGGGAGAGUCCUCCUUUCCUAUGAAAGGAAGGCUGCCAUAACUUAACAAGAGCGUGGUAGUGGCUCCCUCCCUCCCUCCCAGAAUCCUCAGCACCUCACCAGGGCUGCCCACUGUGGCAGCACAGAUCCCUCAAACAUGGGAGGUCUGCAACUGCUUUAAGUUUCUGUGUGCCAUCCUGUGCCCACACUGUGCACACGGACCAUGAUGUUGAUGGAGGUUUGUCCUCUCCGGAACACAUAUCCUCAGGCUGUGUCGUCCGCACCGAGCUUCCUUUUUGAGAGAGGUCAAGAAAAAAGAGAGAAGGACAGUCAUCAGAGAGUGGUCUGGGCAGAUGGCUUGGCCAGCACAGAGGCACUGGGUGGCUGGAAGACACUUUGAACACCUAAGCUGAGCCACUUCCGAGCUGCACACCUCCCUCCGGGCACCUGAGGCAGAGCCACCUCCUGCUGGACAGUUCUUUAUACUGGGUGGAUUUUACAAAAUGCAGAAGGAACAGGAUUCCUCCCCAUUCUCACUGCAAUUGAAAAAAAAAAUAUUGCCAUCAUUGCAUUGCUUUGUCCCCUACAAAAAAAGGAUUUUUGUAAAAAGCACCAUCUCAAGGACUUAAUUACAGUAAAUAUGUUCAGGGAUUUCUUUUUCUAGUUUGCAAUUCUUUUUAAAUGUUUUGCAGUCAUUGUAUAGUUAAUAAUUCAAGUCGGAUGGACAGACAAGUGUUCCUGUUAACUUCUGAGGGUGUCACCACCCUAGGUUCCUUUCCAGAGUCGCACACAUGUGACUGGACCACCAAGACCCAUGAACCUUUACAGAGUGGAGCAGGACUCGAGUACAGUAGUCCCCUUUGCUUCCAUUUCAUUUUCUGUGAUUUCAAUUGCCGGAGGUCAACUGUGGACUGAAAAUAUUAAACGGAAAAUUCCAGCAAUAAAAGUGCAUGAGUUUCCAAUCACUUUUA